AUGGGACCUCCGCCUCUCGCAGCGAACGUGGAGGGUCGCAGCACCAUCGCCGACGCCGACACGACCGACGGGAUGAACGCCGCCGUGGUCGACGACGGGAUCGCUCGUCUUCGCGUUUUAGUGGGAGCUCGCCGAAGGAUGCUUCUGCCCCACCUCCACGCCACCACCAUCAAGGCGCUGCUGGCUCUACUGGUGACCACUGUGGCCCUGGCGCUGCUCAUCCACUGGCUGGCAUUCCCCAUGACGAACGGGCACGACUCGCUGCAGCCGCUGAUCUCGCACCGACUUUCCCUGACCAUGAACGACCCCCACCACGAGCUGAGGCCACACACAGCCGCCCCGAUCCUCUUCAAGGUCAACACUAUCAUGGGCACGGCGCACUCCAACAUGCGGGACACGGUGCUGGAGCUCAUGCGCCCCCAGGCGGUUCGGUUGGACGGUCAUGACCACGACAUCAGACGGCUCCAGGACAAGUCCGACACCAUGGCCCAGGACCAGAAGGUGCUCCGCGACGACCUGGACGCCGUGCAGCGGAGCCUUGCCCAGGCCAAAACUGCUCAAGACACGGCCAUCGACCUGGCCAGGCUCGCUACCUAUGACCGCCCCGCCGACCCGAGCGUCUUCCGCAUCGGCUGCUCUCGGCCCACCGCCUUCAGCGAGAUCGAGGUGGCCAUCGCCGAUUGGGUCAAGGUGGCCCUGCUGGCGUCUCCCGAGCCGCUCGCCUCGCGCAACACCUUCAACUUCCAGGCCUUGUACGUCAACCCUGACAAGAGCCCGAAGCAGAUCUCGCCUCAGGGAGUGGACGAGCCGACUCGAUUGGCAUGGUCUCCGCAGGUGGCGGCAGAGCACUACAUUGACUUACAGGGCGUCAGCACGCAGCUCAAGCAACACAUGGACUUUAUCCUAGCAAACGGUUCCAGCCCUGUGAGAUCAACGGUGGAGACCGGCGUGGUCUACGGCUGCCUCCUGCGACGUCAGAAGCUCAACAAGAUCAAGCACCUCCUCCAACAGCGACACCUGAUUUUGGUUCAAGAAGUACAUGGCAACGAGAUGACGCUCACCACGGUACUGGACCAGCUGCCCGUGCACUACCGUGUCUUCUACAGCGGCUUCCCCACCGAGCAUGCUGCACCACGCCCGCAGGACCCCGCUGCUCCUGCGCUGGCUGACUGCGAGCCUGCCCCGGAUGAAGUUGAUCACCGCACUGGUGGAGCUGCUAUCAUCGCGCCGUGGCAUGCCCCUUCUCAUGCACGACAGCUCCCUGCUCACCUUCUGCCACACUUCUCGCACACUGUUCUCGCCCCUGGACGGAUGCACAUGCUCGAGAUCACCAACAGCGACGGCCACGCGAUCAGGGUCAUCAACCACCGCAACUACGGCAUCGACUUGAUUGCUCGGGCGGAGGCCGACAAGUUGAGUGACUUCGCGCUUUCGGACCACGCCAUCGUCGCUCUGCACCUUCAGCCUCGGCGCCCCCCACCUGCUGAGCUUCAGAGCUUCCCAGCCUAUUUCUUUCGCAGCGCGAGGUUCAAGGAGAUUCUUCAGACGCGCAUUGGCUGCGCAGGCCUGGUUAACCUUGAUAUGCAGCAGCGGUGGCAGAAGAUCGAGGCCCUGAUGCACCUGGCGGCUGGAACCGUGCGAUGGACUGCAACCAGCGCCGCCUCGACGCGAUCGGACAGCGCGCAGCUCGCGCUGGACGCCGUCGCCGACAGCAACCACAAGGAGAUGACUCUACCGCUGGCGUUCCUGAGCCCAACCGACAUGGCCAAUGCGAUCCGCGAGCACUGGGAGCCCGUCUUCGCAGCUGCCUCUGGCAGCGACCAGGAGCUGCGCGUCUCCCUCAACAAGAGGCUGCCGCCCGUGGUGCGCGUCGCCCGGGAGGCAGCCUUCCGGGCUGAGCGAACCUUGCAGGAGGCCGACGAGAAGAUCGCGGGGCUCGGCAUCGACUUGGACGCCGCCGCGGCGGCAUCGGCAGAGUUGUCCCGCGUGCUGCCCGACCUUGGCGACGGGCCGCCGACGGCGGUGUGCGGCCUGCGGGGCGGGGAGCCCCUGUUCGCCGCCCUGGAGGCGCUGCUGCCGGAGACACGCAGACGCGUUUUCUGGCGCUCGAUGGUAUGA